GAGCCCAUGACGACAAACAGCUUGACUGCCGGCGGAACCUUUUUUAUCGCAGCAGGCUCAAUCAAUCCCAUCCCAUCGUCCAACGCAAUCGAAUACGAGGUUGCUUUGCAUGUGAAGUCUCCUGACGCCCGGCACACAUAUCCUAUCUCGCCACGUCCUUAAUUGGGCCAUCAAGAUCCCAGGGUCCGUCGGCCCGCCGUUUGUCUGCUUCUUUGACCUUUUUGCCGUCCACGUCCCCUUCUAUUGUGUGUCCGUGCAGUUACGCAUUGAAUCAUUUUCCAUCCUUCACCGCAGUCGGAUCAGGUCAGACCCAGCUCUGCCCCCAUCAUGGAGCACCCAGUUCGUGAAAUAGCAUCCGUGGUCACGACCCUGACGACGGGCAGCGUCCAGGAGCAGCAUGACACUCUCACCAGCUACUUCCUGCCACACGCAUCCUUCACGCACCCGCUCUGCCGCGUCCCGUCCUUCUCCAAGGGCACCAUCCCCCUGGCCCCGGGGCUCGAGUCCCGGUGGCUGCUCCUGUGCAUUUACAGGUGGUACAGGACUCUGAGUCCCAGCAUCGAUAUCCACAUCGACUCUGCGGUGUUUGAUCAGCGCUCCGGCCAGCUCUUCGUCUCGAUCCGCCAAACCUUUACCCUCUGGUUCAUCCCCCUGUACAAGGCCCCCGUGAAGCUCACCACCAUCCUCAACCUCGAGCAGCACCCCGCGUCGGAGACGUCGCCGUCGCUGUCGCGCAACAAUGGCAGCGCCGCCAGCAGCAACUCGCUCGCGGGCCCCGGGCAGGAGCGCCUGCGCUACUUCAUCGCUCACCAGGAGGACCUGUACCAGAUGAACGACCUCAUCCAGUUCCUGUGCCCGUGGCUCGGCCCGCUCUUGUGGUUCUUCUGGCAGCUGUUCAGCACCGGCCUCUGCGCGGUGGGAUCCGUCCUGCUGCUGCCUCUUUAUCUCCUGCUGAAUAGGGGGGCCAAGGCAAAGAAGGUGCAGUGAGGCGGCUUAUCUCCCGCGAGUGUUGAGUGAAGCGGAGCGAGUGAGUUUGGGCGGCUUCUAUUGCUGCAUGGGCGACUGUGGACUUUUUGCUGCAGCAAAGGGGCGGGCGGGCGCGGGCUCUUGCGCUGGCCGCGAAGCCGCCCUUGCAAUGCGUACUAUUCAAAAGUCUCGUGACUGCGAGAUCUGUACUUCUUCUUACAUGCUAUAGCUUACUAUAUUGGGCCCGAAAAGGUACUAUUGCCCGUAACUGCAGUUCAA